AUGGAGACCCUCUGUGCCUUCCUUCUGCUGGUAGUGGAUUCCUUGCUGUAUCCUUAUGGGACAGACCAAGGUGAUAGGAAGAACCCUAAGUCAGAUGAUGGGACAUCUCCAGAAAUUCCUAUUUCACAGUCCUUCACCUUCUAUGGCAAGCCAUACAAUGCUCUCUAUGUAAACAACAAUGGUGUGGUCUCCUUUGGUGUGAACGUCUCACAGUACACCCCUGAUCCUUUCCCUCUGGAUGGUGGAUGGCCCUUUGUGGCUCCAUAUUGGGGGGAUGUAGACAAUCGGAUGGGCGGGGAUAUCUUCUGGAGGCAGACUCAGGAUGCAGCAAUCCUUAGCCGUUGCACUGCAGAUAUCAACAACUACUUCUCCGAGAUCCCUUUCCAAGCUAUCUGGGCCUUCGUUGCUACCUGGGACCGUGUGGCCUACUUUGGAUCUGCUUCAAAGAAGGUCAACACCUUCCAAGCUGUCUUGACCACCAAUGGGGACAUAGCCUUUAUCAUGCUGAACUACGCCGAUAUCCAGUGGACCACUGGUCGAGCAAGUGGGGGAGAUGCUAAGACUGGCCUUGGAGGAACCCCGGCACAGGCUGGAUUUGACAGCGGAGACAAAACAAAUUACUACAACAUCCCUUCUUCCCGCACUCCUGAUGUCGUCAAUAUUGGGGGAACCACCAACGUGGGAGUGCCAGGGCGAUGGGUCUUCCAGGUCGAUGAAUUUGUGGCUGCCGUCACCACAGAGAGCACCGAUUGCUUGAUGUGAGCACCUGGAACGCCAAGGCCACUUCUUCCCUCAGGUGAGAUCUCUUCCAACGCCU